AUGCCUACAGAGGAACCACCGUCGGAGAAUGGCAUUGGCACCCGACGUGUAGCACCAAAGCGGAAACGCGAGACUCCAGCCUCGAAGCUCGCUGCUGCUCGAUCCAGCACAUCAAACACGCCGAACGCAUAUGCUCGUCGCAGCCCGCCGAGAGAUGCUCCGCGCCCUGGUAAUAUCAACGCCAGCUCCGACAGAGCACGCGACACUUCCCCUGGCAGGCAUGGAGAUCGAAAUGAUGAGAAUGGCGACAACUCCCCGCCUCGCAAGCUGAAGCGCCCCGGAGGUGGCUCUCGUAUAGCACAAGCGAACCGCGAAGCCGCAGAAAAGGUACGCAAGGAGCACGAGGCUGCAGCCAAAGCGUCGGUCCUGGGGCGACCCACAGCCAGCGCCGACAUCGUCGCCGAUCACUACAAUGCAGUUCCUGAGCGAGGCCGUGAAUGGAGGUCCAACGAGAGCAGAAUCAAAGGUCUCCGCAGUCUCAACAACUGGAUCAAAUCUACACUGAUUCAAAAAUUCUCACUCCCCGAGAACCCAGUGCAGAGUCUCAAGGUCUUGGACAUGGCGUGUGGUAAAGGGGGUGAUUUAGGCAAAUGGCGCAAGGCGCCGCAGGUGCCAGCUCUCUAUGUGGGAUGCGACAUUGCGAGCAAGUCAAUCGAGCAGGCGCAGGAUCGUUACAAAGAGGACAACUCUCGUGGCCCCCGAUUCCAACGUGGACCACAGAUGCACGCGGAGUUCUACGUUCACGAUACCUUCGGCAAAUCUCUACACGACAUCAAGAUUCUUCGAGAAGUCGGAUUUGAUCCAAAUGCCGGCCCAGGACCUAAUGUGAUUCAAGGGGGUAUGAUGACGGGUGGGUUUGAUGUAGUCAGCAUGAUGUUCGCCUUGCACUACUCGUUCGAGACGGAGAMGCUGGCGAGGGGAAUGUUGAGCAACGUUUCUGGCGCUUUGGUCAAAGGCGGUCACUUCAUUGGCGUUAUGCCUAACAGCGAUGUGAUCUCUGCAAACGUCAAGGCUUUGCUGUCAGGCGAGGAUGCUGGGAAGGACCCAAUCGAUGCCGCCACUGGCACGAGUGCUGCUGACGAUGACGACUGGGAUCCUGAAAAGCCGGCCGAUGCCUCUGAUGAUGACUGGGACCCUGAGAAGCCCGCUGACGGACCAGCAUCCGAUGAUGAUUGGGAUCCCGAGAAGCCUUCAGAAGCAUCUCAAAUACCCACCGAGACAGCACCAGAAGCCGCGUCAAAUGGCGACUCUACCUCACCAGCCAGUACCACUCUUCCAGAUCUAGAGUGGGGCAACGACAUCUACAAGGUCAAGUUCCCGAGAACGCAGCCUCUGACCGGCAAGCCUCUUCCAAAGGACGGCAUCUUCCGACCCGCAUAUGGCUGGCGUUAUCACUACAGUCUAGAGGAAGCCGUAGACGCAGCGGAAUUUGUCGUCCCAUGGGAGGCCUUCCGUGCGCUGGCCGAAGAGUAUGGGCUGGAGCYGCAGUACCGAAAGGGCUUCAGGGGUGUGCUGGACGACGAGUGCGAAGACCCUGAGCUGGGGAAGUUGGCGGAGAGGAUGAGGGUCAUGAGUCGAGAUAGGACUCAGGGUGACAACGGCUUGCUCGUGAGCAAAAUGGAGCGGGAGGCGGCCUUCUUCUACCAUGCCUUUUGCUUCCGAAAGGUUUGA